AUGGAGCCUGAUGACGGGCAACCAGCGGCACAGGAAGAAAACUCCAGGCCAUCUGAAGAGCCACCAUCACAACCCGAGACCGACGGACAGACACCAAAGGCCUCCGCGGCAGCUGAGCGACUCGCACGCUUCAAGGCUCUCCAAGCUCGCGCAAAAGACAGCGCAAAGACCAAUCUCAAAGAGGCGUCCCGCGAAAACCAGCGACUGGCGUCCGACCCCAACGAGCUGAAGGCCCUCAACCGCAAGCGAGAUGUGGCCGCCCACAAGCUCCUAAAGGCAGACAUUGAAGACGCGGGCGGCGACUUUGAACGAAAACGUGCGUGGGACUGGACCGUGGACGAGAGCGAACAAUGGGACAAGCGGGUGAAGAAGAAGGCCGCUGCGCGCGACAACAAUGCCUUCCAGGACUACGCAGCUGAGAGCCACAAGGUGUACAAGCGGCAACUGAGGAAUAUCGCCCCCGAUAUGGGUCAAUACGAAAAGGACAAGAUAGCCUUGAUCGAAAAGGCGGCCGCGUCGGGAGGUCUGGACAUUGUGGAGACGGAGACUGGCGAGCUGAUCGCCAUCGACAAGGACGGAAGCUUUUAUUCAACGGCCGACUCGACGUCCUUUGCAUCAAACAAACCCAACAAGGCAGCCAUCGAUCGGCUGGUGGGUGACCUGCAACGCGCCGACGACCAGCGCAUGAAGAAGAGGAGGGAGAGGAUGGCACAGGGCGACCAGGACGCGGACGUCACAUACAUCAACGAGAAGAACAAGCAGUUCAACCAGAAACUGUCGAGGUUCUACAACAAGUACACGGAAGACAUCCGGGAUAGCUUUGAGCGCGGGACGAGGAUAUGA